CUCGCGGCAAAGAAUCUUCGCGCCAAUGUGUGACGUAUCCAAUGGCUAGCAAGGAAGCUGCAGGGACCUUGGUGAGCUUCUGUUUUCAAAAAAUCAUACCACAGCUUGCUCCUGGCCAAAGCUUUCGGAUCGGGCAGAAAAUCCAAUACGCCUUGGUGUCUGGUGCACAAGCAUCGUUGCGGAAGAAUACGCCCCCUCGAAGCUCAUGUCACAUUCCCCCAAAAUGACUUCGACUGAACAGCAUUCAAGACCGUUCAAUCCUAUCUCCAGCUCCCCUCAAGAGAUGUCGACCAUGGUCUACGAUCUGCUUUGCAUCGGCUUCGGGCCUGCGCAGCUUGCAACGGCAAUCGCAAACCACGAAAGUCGAAAACCUGCGAAUCUCCUCUUCGUAGAGCGAAAAGCGAACUUCUCAUGGCAUUCUCCGCAACUUGCUAGAACGCGGAUGGAAAGCCCUUUCAUCUAUGAUCUGGUAACGACUCGCAAUCCCAGAUCUGCCUUCAGCUACACCAAUUACCUUUUCGUGCGAGAUCGGCUUGUCGAAUUCACAAAUUCUGAUCGGCUCAACCCGCUGAGGCUGGAAUUCGAGGACUACCUCGGCUGGGCUGCAGGCCACUUUGAGGACAGUAUACGUUACGGAAGUGAAGUGGUCGGUGUAGCACCGGAGAAGGGCGAUGGCCCCGUUAGGAGGUGGAACGUGGCGAUACGGGAUGCGAAUGGACAGAGCCAGGUGGUACAGGCAAGAAGCAUUGUGGGUCCUUCACCAUCUGGAAAACAUGACCACAAGCCACUCUCGUUGACGAACGUGGACUUUCUUGCCGGACAACGCAUCAUCUCUGUAGAAGACUACAAGUUGAAGAGAGACACCCUGCGAGGCAAGAACGAGCCACGCCUCAAUGUCGCGGUCGUUGGCUCUGGCGAGCAGACAAUUGAGAUUUUGGCCGACCUGCUGACCUGUCCGCGGCUGGGCAACAUCACUGUGGUGACGGAGAAUGAGUCUCUGGCGCCACUGCGAAUACUAGAAGGCGAGCAGGAGCCACCACAGCCACGGCUGUGCUCCAUCUGGGCAAAGCCGUCGUGCGAACAAAAGUCGACGGUCACGGGAUCCUCGGAGCUGGUGCAGGACAUCUACGCCCGCGCAUAUGAGAAGCAGGUGGCCAGCAAGGGUGAAUACACGCUGCGCGUCGUCGUGGGCAGCAGAGAUGCCGGCGGUGCAUGCUCCAACGCCAAGGUCAUCAUUGCGGAGCAACCGCAACGGAGCACAUUCGCGAACAAUGGCCUCUUCCACGGUCUCGAUGCUCUCGUGCUAGGGUGCCGGCAGAAGGGCGACAGCCUUGAGGAGGUGCAGUUCAAGCGCGGAGCAGUGGCCGAGAGCUGCAAGGUGUGGAUGCUCUCGGCGCACUCGGAAGGCGGCCGUUCAUUGGCCAAGGAUAUUGCAUUGAGAGCCGGCGAGGUGGUGAAUGCGCUGGCGACGACGGAGCAGGGUCGCGAGCGUGAGAGCAUGAUGAUCGCAGCUAGGAUGUGAAUAGAAUAGCCCGACAGGGAAGAAGGGACUGCUGCG